AUGGAAUCCUUGAAAGCCUCCAAGGAAGGACAGAACCUUCAGACAUCUGGACAUGUAAAGUCAGUGUUUUUUAAUAGAAUUACAGAUUGUAUUAAAUAUUGCUUUAUAAAAGCGUUGGUUGUGCCUCAGACACGUAUAUCUGAUGCUCCUUAUACUGUUUGGGUUAGUCUACAGACAGAUGCCUCUUCCAUUUUGGCUAGUGAAUGUGGAUGCGUGGCUGGUUACAGUAACUCAUGCAAGCAUGUGUUUGCUUUGCUAUAUUACAUCCUUGCAGAAGUUAGACUUGGCAACAACAGGUCUUGUACUGGCAAGAAACAGCAAUGGAGUGUAAGAACAUACAAGAAGAAUGAGAAAAUCCACGAGCCUAGUCAAAUGCCUUCUGUUAAAAUUUUGCAUCAUCAUCCAGAAAAUGAUGACUGCAUUCAAACCCCAUCAAGAAGUGAAUAUGAGCCCCGUUCCAUCCAAGAUUUAAAUGUUGCCUUUACCAAAGCUGACUGGGAAGCUGUUGCAGAGGCUACUGAUGGAAAAGCAAGUGUUCUCCAAUUUGUUAAAACAACAAUGAAGAGUUCCUCAACAACCUCUUCCCAAACUGUUCUGCCCCCUUCUACAUUGCCUGAGAUUGCUUCUAAGUGUCAAGCUGAUAGUUUUCAUGCAGCAUUGAAAUUACACCGGUCUGCUGCUGAAUUGAAAAGAAUAAAUGCAAUCACUGCUGAUCAAGCAUCCUCAGAAAAAUGGUUCCAGUAUCGUCAUGGUGUAAUAACAGCAUCUUCUGCACAUGAAGUUUUGGUAAAAGUUGAUGACAACCAUCAAAUUUUAAAUUUAUCAUCAUCCCAAAAUCUAUGUGCAAAAAUUUGCAUGUAUAAUCCUUCUGUUCAUAGUGCAUCAUUAAACUGGGGGAAGAAUAAUGAAAAGUUUGCCUUCAAAAGGUACACCAGAAAGAACAGAACAAAGCACAAACACUUUUCAAGUAAAACUACUGGUUUGUUCAUUUCUGAACAGUUGCCUUUCCUGGGAGCCAGCCCUGAUGGAGUUAUAAGCUGCAAAUGCUGUGGAUUCGGUGUUUUAGAAAUAAAAUGCCCAUGGAAGAGCCGUGAUUUAAAUAUUGCAGACUAUCUCAUGCAGCCAGAGUCAUGCUUGUCAAAGAAUGCUGAUGAAAUAUUUUUGAAGCCUGCACAUAAAUACUACACACAAGUUCAACAUCAGAUGUUUGUCACUGGCGCAGAAUAUUGUGAUUUUGAAGUUUUUUUGCCCAAAGAGUCAUUGACUGUAAGAAUUCCAAGAAAUCCACAGUAUGAAAUAAAACAGGUUCCAAAACUUGUCCAUUUUUUUAAAAGCAUUGUGCUACCUGAGCUAUUUUCAGGGACAAUAGAAAAUGUUGUUGCAUGCAGAAAUGUAAUGAAAGGACUUUUGCGAAAGGUUGAAGAUAGACUGGAUAGUGAAGAAGCACAAAAGGAACUUCAAAAGUUAGACUCAAGAUUAUUACUAAUAUAA